AUGGAUACAAAAUUAUGUGUAGUUUGUUGCGGCGCUAACGAGCGUGAUGCCAAACUAAGGUUUUAUUUCGACUCUUUCAACAAUUUUACUGAGCUUUCAAUAGACGAAGCUGAUAAAAUAUUCCAGACGUCAUGGUAUAGACCAGAGCGCGAUACGGUUAUAUUCGCUCACGGAUUCACAGGUGUUCCGACUGGACCUGCGGUGACGGCUGUCAUAAAAGCUUAUUUAGACCAAGAAGAAAGUAACGUGGCUCUACUUAACUGGGAACGUUUAGCUUCAGGCCAGACGGCAAGCCUUGCCAGUUCGUAUGUUAACUGGGCGGCCCCCAAUGCCAGACAGCUGGGUAUCCACCUCGUCAGUACUUUUAUCACCUUAGCUGACGCUGGACUAAAUCUGAAUAAAACUCAUCUCAUCGGCCACUCAUUGGGCGCACACAUUUGGGGCAUCACGGGAUAUAAUCUGUUCUUAAGAGGAAUAGAACUACCUUGGAUAACAGGCUUAGAUCCUGCUUUUGCAGGCUUUGAGAGGAGACAUGUUUCACAAAAACUCAAUCCACGGUCAGCUGCUUUCGUCGAUGUUAUCCACACCGAUCCCAAUAAGUACGGAAUGAGAGCGCCCUGUGGUACGGUAGACUUUUGGCCUAACUACAGAAUGGUAGGUCCUGUCAAACAACCUGGAUGUCCCAGCAAUCCAGUGCCGGUAUUUUCUAGUGAUGAUUUAUGCAGUCACAAUAGAAGCUGGCAGUUAUUAGUGGACUCUGUUAAAUAUCCAGGUACUUUAAUUGGAUCCUACGCGAGGAAUUAUAAGACAUGGAAGAAUUAUUCUGUAGCUGACAGGAAUGCUGUCACUCUACAACUUGGCAAAUGUGAUACUAAAUCCCGCCGUGGAAACUACUACCUUGUGACUAAAGCCGAAUCAAUGUAUGGUCUUGGAAUAGAUGGACUAUGAUUUGCAUUUAUACAUUUAUCAUGUAAAUGUUUAAAGACCUGCCGAAAAAGUUUAUUUUUAUUUGAAAGAAAAAAUAUUCAUUAUUUAUUCCUCGAAGUGUUAUGUUUGGAUGCAUUUAGAUUUAGUGGUUAAUUUGUUAGUUACGCAUUACACAUUUUGUUAAUAUGUUGUUUCUAUUGUAUAUCAGAAGUAUACAUUUAGAGAAUCAAUGACAAUAUUUAUUUAUAUUAUAAAUUAAUAUUAUAAUAAGAGAAUAAGGACCAAAAUUUGCUUUAUAAUUAAAAUAAACGAUUGCUAAUAAUGA